UGGUAGACAGAGUAUUAGUCAGGUCCCCCGAUGACAUCAGUUGCCCAGUCGUUCCAUUAUGAGCUAGACGUCAAGGCUAAGACAAAGACAUAUUGUCAAACGGGAGGAAAAUGUCGAGUGUUGAACAGCUCGGUUCGUGCUUGGUUUGAAGCCCAAAUCCUCCAAAUGGACUCUCCAAGAAAUAGGGAUUGAAUCGUCUCCAUUCAGUUGUGGUGGUUGUUAACACAAUGGCGGGGAUUAAACAGAAAGGCGGUGGAAAUCGUGAGGCAAUACGAGUGCAAGUUAUGAAAUGCGUAGGUUUCCUUCAGCCGGAGUACAAGACAUUCAGCAUUGAUCCAGAGAUUACCACAUUUGAGAUGCUGCAGUUGCUUCUCAUGCAAGCAUUCCAGCUAAAAAGUGAGUUCACUAUCAGCUAUGCAUCACGUGAUGACCAGGCCAGGGAAGUAUAUCUAUCCAUGCUAUCAGACUGGGACCUUGACUCCGCUAUACUCACCUCCUCUGAUCCUUGCUUAAGGCUGAAAGUUGAUGCCAAACCAUUCGAUGGACCUGGGUUACUUGAAGACUGGGAUGUCAUUAGUGGCCAAGAUGUAUCUGGAAACAGCUCGGAUCGCAUGCGUUUUGUGCCAUUUGUUGGUGCUAUCAUGGACAGCGUGGGCAAGACUCUCACCAGAGUCUCUCGGAUCUUCCAGACGGUAGAGGGAGAAGAGGAAACCUAUGAAUUGCCUCGUUCACCUUUAGAUGACCACGAGUUCUUCACAUUUCUGGACCCUGUGGGACACUUAGAGAAGCCCCACGAACUGCGGCUGCGUGUGUACCAAGGCGGCAUCAAGCCCUCGCUCAGAAAAGUAGUUUGGCGGCACUUGCUGAAUAUCUUCCCUGAGGGCUUGACGGGGAAAGAACGCCUGCAGCACAUCAAGGCCAAAUCCUUGGACUACCAGAAGCUGAAAAACAAGCUUUUCUCUGAUCCCCGGGAGGACUUCAAGAACAUCAAGAACAUGGUGAGGAAGGACGUCCUGAGAACAGAUCGGCUGGAAGAAUUCUACGCAAAUGGGGAAGAAAAUGUUGAGAAGCUCUUCAACCUGUUAGCCACCUAUGCUCUGUCGCACCCCGAGGUCUCUUAUUGCCAAGGUAUGAGUGACCUAGCCUCUCCUAUCUUGUUUGUGAUGGAGGAUGAGGCUCAGGCUUACAUCUGCUUCUGUCAGCUCAUGAAGCGCUUAGCCUGUAACUUCCUCCCAGAUGGGAAGGCCAUGUCCGUCAAGUUCCUGCACCUGACAGAGUUAAUCCGCUGUGUUGACCCAGACUUCUAUGAGUACCUUAAGGAAGAGAAUGCUGAUGAUCUAUAUUUCUGCUACCGAUGGCUACUGCUGGAGCUCAAGCGAGAAUUUGCCUUCACAGAGGCCCUUCGUAUGAAGGAGAUCAUGUGGAGCUCUCUGCCGCCUGAUCCUCCAGGAGAACAGGGGGUGGAAUUGGCAUCAGCCUCCGAUGCCUCCCCAUCAGCAUUUGCCGCUGAAAGGCUCCGUUUCCGUUUCUCUCGUGGACGCAGUGUUUCCAAAGAGAGCAUCGCCAGCAUUGGUAAACCAGACAGCCCUCAUUCUAACAGGAAAUCCGCUGAGAAAACUGACAUUACAGAAAAGGUGGAUGAAUGUGAUGAAAGCAAAACGGUUGAUGUAAGUACUACUGACAAUUCCAAACAUACUGUGCAAGACUCCAGUACAAACAACUCCACUCGCACCUCCUCAAAGAGAAGUGAAACUCCCAUAAAGCGUAGUUACUCAUCGACAGUGGACACUACGGGUAACAACACAAAUGGUAAGGAAAAUUCCACCCAAAAUGUGAAUCCCAGAUCAAUGUCAAUCAGUGAGCGACAGAGCCCCCCAUCCAACUUAAAUAUCCAACAGAAGACGCUGGCCAAAUCCCAGAGCAGCCCCAUCCUCUCUCAGAAGGGGGUCAAAGGUCAACAGCGGAAGUCCUCGCCCAAGAGUCCAUCCAAGUUGCCCUCCAGUCCGGUCCGUAACCCCUACCGAGGCCUUCCCCCACCCCAGGACUUUGGAGGGGGUAACCCCUUUGUUAUGUUUCUGUGCCUGGCGAUGUUGAUAGACCAGCGCAAUGUGGUGAUGGCUCACAAAUUGGACUACAAUGACAUGGCCAUGCUGUUUGACAGCAUGGUACGUAAGCACAGCCUAGGGAAGAUUUUGAACCAUGCCAGGUUGAUGUAUUCAGAGUACCUGCAAUCAGAGGCCUCCAAAGUAGACCCAGCCAAGGCGGGUUUAGAAGAUAGUACGGAUCUCCUCAAUAUGAAUGGAAGACCAGUUGUACCAGCUGACUCCAUGUAGCUUUCAAAACUAGUCACUACGGGACAAGCUUUGUUCGGUGCGCUCAAUAAGUAUGAUAUUAUCCUACAUGUACAAUGUACAUCUUGUGUACAGGACCCACAUGUACAAUGUACAUCUCGUGUACAGGUACAUGUACAUUGUACAAUGUAUCUUUUAUGUUUAAGAUAACAGUAUGAUGACAUUACAUGUACAUGCAUGUACAGUAUGUAUAUCAAUACUUACUUGUGUAGUUUGAGUUACAACUCAUGAUUGGAUCGGGGAAAUAACUGUACAAAACUUGGCAUCUUGUCAACGACUGUAUUUACAAUAAUUUAUCAUAUACAUGUACAUAUGAGUUGCUUUAUCUGCUGCUUUUUAUGAAGUGAUGAUGAAUCAUGUGUUGCGUGUAAAAAACUGUGGAGCUUUAUGAAAUGACCCAAAGGAAACUUUCUGUAAACUGAUGCUUCUUACGUUGGAUAAUUGCCUCUUAAAAAAAAAAACCUUGUUGGCGAAAUGUUUCCUGUGAGCUUUCUAGUGAAAGGGAUUUUUCUUUGAAACCUGAAGUCAAUUCAAUUUAUGUAUGCUUUGAUCAGCAAACCAGUACAUGUUCCUAUACCUCAUACUUUGUACAUACCUUUCCUUUGUGUCAGUCGCUUUUUGACAAUGUGCAUGCGCAAAACAGUAAUGGUUGAACGUAUGUCUCUUGGUGAGCUACUUUGUAAUAUCCUCAUCACGCUGUUUUACUUUUGACUGCAACUCUUGUGACACAGUAAGUGGUCAGUGAUAUCUUGAACCAUUGUUUUCAUGUGAAUGGUUCCCUCCAUAUUGAUAAAUGAAAUUGGUUAUUGAUAACCAGUGGUGUGACCGUGCAUCAGGUCCUGGUUCCAAAUGGUUGACUCGAUGGUCCAAACCAUCCACUGUUCAGGUGGUAUUGGUCAAAACAUAGUGGUCACUCAAACUUGUUCUAACAUGUUCACACAUCUUUGUUCCAUGUACCACAGCUCUGACUGGUGUGGGGACAUACAUUCAUCAUUACACCGAUUUUGUGGGACCAGAAAUGAUGUAUCUCCACAACUCAGUCCUAAUUUGCCUUAAAAUAAGAAAUUAUCCCUUCUGCAUAGUGAAGGUCUGUCCAUUUAACUCUGUUGGUGCAUAAUAUACACUCACGUGUAUCCUCGUGUGCAAAUAAUGGGUGCAGAGGUUGAUAAGCGAUUCAUGUAUUCAACAGUGUUUAAGGUUCGUCUUGUCUGCUAAUUAUUACAUUUAUGUGGUAUUUUUAAUGGGAAUUUCAUUUUUGUUUGCAGAGUACUUACUCAUUUGGGCGAUAAAUAGCGUUAUGUCCUGAAUAUCUGUAUUUCAACAGCUGUUAUUUGUUACGUUUGUGAUGUUCAUUAACUUCAUUGUUGGAACAAUAUUGUGCCUCUUUCAUCUUGCCUGUUUAUGUAUCAUAGAUACAGUACACAUGGAUUGAAAGGUGUUGCAUGACAUAUCUAUAAAAAACACGUGACACCUUUUUUUGUGUACUUAUGCACUUGUGUCUAAAUUUGUACCAUAAAUGAAUAGAAAUUGGUAUGGUACAAAUGCAUCUACACAUGUACAUUGCUACAUUUCCAUAUUGUUUGUGUAUGAACACUUUCUUAUGGUAGCACUUUUCUUUGCGCUCAGACCUGAUAACUGUGUUUUUAAACACAUUUUGCCCAACCUUGAUUGGACUUCAGGUUUGUUGGAGGUAUUCUCUAAAAGAACAAAAAUCUUACAGGCUUAAUGAUAUGUUCAGGAAUAUACUGGUAAUAUACUUUUAACUAUUUAUCAAAUUUUGGUGACAAAGGUAUUCAUGUACAGGCCGAAUUUGAUUUGUGGUAAAGUCAUUAACUUAAUGUCCAUUGAAACUGUUCAACAUGUGUAUAAUGUACAUGUACAUGUGUGUACGCACCUAUCUUUUAGUCCCAGUCUAAUAAUAUGUUGUUAAACGAUUAUUUUUUAUACUUCUUUGUCCUCUGUUGAAUUUUUGUUGAAUCCUCUUGGAUGCUUGAUUUGUAGUUGAUUGGAUGUUGUAUCUAUCAAGCUUCAUGAUUUACAUGUACAUGUACUCCUGUACAGUUGAUAGAUAUACACAGUAGCAAGUCGGGAUUUACAGUUGAUGGAUUCUGUUGGAUUUACCAUUGAUGGAUUCCAUUGGAUUCAGCAGUUCUAGCCAGAUCCUGGUUUCAUCCAUUAAGCCCAAUUAUUUCAAUAUUUGUGUUUAUGCUUUGGUUAAAGUGCACAGAUAUGCUGCAUGCUGUGUCUAUUUGUUUUCAUGUGAACAACUGAAUGUAUGAAGCAGUGCAGGAAAAAGAUUUGUUUGAAUUUUAGAAAGUGGCAAUUUAUUCAAAAUUGAAUGGAUCUGAACUCAGGUAACAAGUUAGUAAAUGAUGUGUUUUGCUAACCUUGUCAAGCAUGGAUUUAUUUUGGAUUUAUACAGAUUAUCGGAUGUGGAUUAUUACAUGUAUAUGGGUGAGACACAGUGGCUUAACUCCUUCUUGUAGAAUUAAAUGGAGCUGGGAUGAAAGGUGAAUGGAAGCUAGUGAUGGGUUCUGAAAGUGAGCAGUUCUAUUCAUCGUUGUCACUCGUACUGUGAAGUCAUGAAGUCCAGCUGAGAUAAUACAUGUACAUGUAUGUAAAAAUUGCUUGACUGUGUCCAAUGUUCGUGGCUGUGGCUUUUACAUGUACACGAGACUAUGAGGUAGCUGUAGCCACUACCCUUAAAGCUGUUGGUUAGUUCAAACUUCAACCAAGUAAUUCUGGCUUGUUGGCCUGAUUCAGAGAAAAGAAUACAAUGAAGCCAUUCAUCAAUAUGUGAAAGAGUACGAAGUUGAAUAAGAUUAAAAGCAGGAAAAUCUCUGCACGGUUCGCUUUACAUUUUCAUGCCAUAUCUGAUUUUGCAAGAACCGGACCACAAUUUUCAAACUCUGUCACAGAGAUCUUUCUGAAAUCAAGGAAUUUGCCACAGCUAGACUUCUUCAUCCUGAUCUUCUGUUGCCUUGUCUGCCUGUGUUUAUUUCAAGGCUGGCUCCUCAACUCACUAGAAAGGCACUAUGACUAUUGAAAACUGCUCAAGUCAUCUGAAUGCUUAUUAGUUAUAAAGUACAUGGAACAUAAUGUGUAGUUGCAAUACUGAAAUGUAGAUGUAUACAGGUGAAGCUCCCUAACUUGGAUGUGUUUUCUGCCAACUUUUUGUUGUGUUGACAUAAGCCAAUGUCUGCUAAUUGGUAUUCUUUGCAAUAACAGUUCAUUUUGGUUAGUUUCAGGGCCAGAGGUUUACUAAUUAAGCUUAUUCUUGUAAGUUAUUGCAUAUCUAAGUGUAUGGAGUUUAUUUAUUUUUCAAUUAAAAGAUAUUAUACACAUGUACAUGUAUGCAUAAAGUGAAUUUCAUUGUUUGGAAUCUGUGAACUGGAGCUACGUUGAGAAGCAUUAAUGCCAUCUUGUAUUGUUAACUUGUUCCUGCUUGUUAAGGUUCAACAGUACAAAAAUGAAAUGAAAUAUACAGCUAAAAGUGUUUCCCCAUAUAUUAUAUUAACGUGGGCAUUUGGUAUUACUAAUCUUUUGUGGCUGUUAGUGGUAAGAUGAAAUAAUUUGGUCUAAAAUGUCUAAUCAGUGCAUGCUGAACUUAUUUUUGAGUGCAGAUUUCAACGUUAUAAAUAGCAGCCCUUAAUUUGAGAACACCUCUCCAGGGAUACCAUUGGAAAAAUCAUUAUUUUUGAAACCCCCCAAAUUGCUGUUGCCUUUGGGGGACAUGACCUCAUUGGCACCCCCCCCGAUCCACAAGAUACAUAAAAAUUAGUUGUGCGAGUAUGUGAUAUGUGCAUGAACAAGCAUGUAGAAAUAGUGUCAAGCAAGCCGGACAUCAGUGCUAGGAAAGCGCCCUCUCUUGGUCACAAAUGGAGUCCUUCAUGUGAAAAACAUGGUUGACUGUCAGUUGUAUUCAUCGAAGUUGCCCAAUGUCAGAUUGUGUGCUAUUCAAAUGAACUGAGACAAGUGUAUUGCUUGACUUGUGCUGAAUUACUCUGCAACUCUUAAAAAUUCUUGAACUCCUGUUAAAGUGUAAAUACAUGCAUUUCAUAUUUUAAGAGACGGGAGAAGUUAGGUCUGUGUUUAUUUCCCUGGUCCAUAUUUGCAUAAGUUUACUCUUAUCUUAUGUUGAGGUACUGAAAAAACCAGUAAGGUUCUGUAAAUUAAUAAUUGUUGAAAAUGUUUAUGGACUAAAUGAUUUCAAGGAUAUAACAAUCAUGCAUUUGGUAAUUUGGUUUCACGAUCAAUCAUCCCCAAAACAUAACAUUUCUAGGAGCAAUUUGGCCAAUUUUCAUGCAUGGCCUGGGUCAACAUGACUAUAUUUAUGUGAUGUGCCAUUGCUUGUAUCUUGUUCAACAGUAUUUACAUAAUAUAAUGUAUCUAAAUAAUGAAUCUCAAGAAAUAAUACUUCUGCAGUUUGCUUGCAUUUUGUGAAAGAA